AUGGUGCGGCAGGUGGAUGAUUUGUUCCGCAUGCGGAUGCUGAUGGCCGGCGUGUACGUUGGGCUCGGCAUUUCUUCCACGUACGGCUUCAGCCUCUUCACAAAUCAUCUAAAGACUAAGUACGGGUAUUCGCAAAGAGACAUCACGACAAUCAGCACGGUCGGCAACUUUGUUGGCUACUGCACUUUCCUUGCUGGAAUGUUGUUUGAUUACGCAGGUCCUACGGUUGUGCUUCCGAUUGCUGGCAUUCUUGGGUGUGUGGGAUUCAUGUUGUUUGGACUCACCUUCGAUGGCCACAUUGCGUCGAAUCCAAGUGUGAUUCACUUUUCAAUCUUCAACGCCAUUCUGUAUCUUGGCUGCCCGUCGAUGGACGUUGCCUCUGUAAUGACGCUGAUGCUGCAGUUUCCUUUGGACCGCGGCUACAUCGUGCUGAUCAUGAAGGUGUUCAACGGGCUUGGCACCGCGGUGAUCAUGGCGUACUUCAACGGCUGGUUCAGGGCGGCUGACUCCGAAAACUCGGAGGACAACAACUACUCCGGCUACGCGUACUUUGUUGGGGGGCAGAUCCUGUUGUGCGCUCUCGUUGGCGCGUACUUCACGCGGUUGCCGAUGUACUUUCCGUGCGCGUGGAGGAAGAGCCGGCUGAGCAGCGAGGAGAUCGCGGAGCGGGAGAAGACGCUUGACCUGUACAUGGCCCAGCGUGCGCCCUCGCGGCGUCUGAAGAUCGGGUUUGCGCUUGUCAUCGUCAUGAUUAUCUUUUCCACAGUCCAGUCGAUUGCGACGGCGUACGUGAAGACGUCCCACGCGGGGUACUUGGCGAUCUCGAUCGUGGCGCUGCUGCUGAUGGCGUCGUUCACCGCGAUGGCGAUGCCGUUCCAGUUUCUGGGCCGCUACACCCCCGUGCGUGCAACGCAUAUGGAGGGCAUCGGAGAGGCGGCCACGGAGCCGCUGCCGCAGCGGUUAGGCGAAGACGCAUCAGCGGGGCCUGAGGCGGAAGGCAAUGGUCACCCACCAAAGCAACCGCCGAUUCCGGCGCCGCAGUACCAGGGCUCCUUCUGGGCCCAUCUGCUCUCCAUUGACCUGUGGGCGUUGUGGUUCGCGUACUUUGGCAUGGGGGGCACGCCACGGUGGUGCAGAUGA